AUGGAGAAAAUCAUCUACGACUUCUACUCUGAUUUUUUCGACAGCCAUAUCUACUUGCCUCCUCACCAUCUGAGGGAAGGCGGACAUGUCAUUCCACUGCUACCAUGUCGGAUUGAAAAAGUCUUGGAUGAAGGACAGCCAUGCGAGCAAGCAGGGUUUCGAAAAGGAUUCAGCACGGUUGACCACAUUCACACUGUUUUGAAACUCAUCGAGGUAUCACGAGAUUACAAGGUGCCGCUUUGUCUCACCUUCAUCGACUUGAAGAAGGCCUUCGACUCAGUUGAGACGGAAGCGGUCGUGGAAGCCUUGGACAACCAAGGCGUCCCUACUCAGCACAUAAAGGGGUCUAGUAAAAUGUCUCAACCUACAACUGAACAAACCAGUGCACCUCCGAAACCGUCCUCUAAUCCAGGUAGUUAUGAAGAGCUUCACCGUAAAGCUCGUGAUGUCUUUCCCACUUGUUUUGAAGGUGCAAAGGUUAUGGUCAGCAAAGGACUAAGUUCUCAUUUCCAGGUCUCUCAUACAUUGUCGAUCUCCCCUGCAAACACUGGGUACCGCUUCGGCGCCACAUACGUUGGUUCAAAAGUUGUUGGUCCACAAGAGCAAUACCCUAUAUUUCUUGGUGAUACAGAUGUCGCUGGAAACACUACGGCCACCGUUCUACAUCAGUUUGGUGACAACUAUCGCUUGCGUCUACAGGGACAAGUUCAACAAAACAAGCUUGUUGGCGCCCAAGGAACUUUCGAAAGAAGAGGUCGUCUGACGACGUUAGGCCUAACGUUGGCAAAUACCGAUCUUGUCAACGAAAGCGGUGUGCUCGUUGGCCAGAUGUUGCGGAAGCUCACCGAGAGACUUGAUGUGGGUGCAGAAUUCCUCUAUCAGUAUGGAAAACAAAUCCCAGGACAGCAGGUCUCGAUGCUAUCAUAUUCCGCACGCUAUACAACUCCUAUUUGGACAGCUGCUGCUACACUCGGAUCCUCUGGUGCUCAUUUCACCUAUUACCACAAGCAGGCGGAUAACCUUGCCUUUGGGAUCGAGUUUGAAAGCAACGCUAACGUUGGAGAGGCUGUCGGUACCAUUGCUUAUCAAGCUGAAUUACCAGAUGAAGGAGUGACGAUGAGGGCCAGUAUAGACACUAACUGGUCCGUUGGAGGCGUUUUUGAAAAACGCCUUAGUCAGCAACUUCCUUUCACAUUAGCGCUCUCCGGUCUAUUCAACCAUUCCAAGGUUGCUGGCAAAUUCGGAGUUGGGCUUAUUAUUGGUUGA